UUCGCCGUCGCGACGCUCAAACGAACGAUAAGCGUCUACUGUGUGGCUGUGACGCCGGGCAGCGCACACGCGGAUUUAAUUUCAGUUUUUCUGUUACGACAACGACUUGUUGUGUACUUGACUUAACGUUAACGAGCAAAAGUUUUCUUCACACACAAGAUGUCUUCCUCGGUGGCGAGAGCCUCAAGGUAUUCUUACCGUUCAUCAGGAGCUGCUGGAAACGCUGACGUUAGUGUCGAAUAUAGCGCCGAUUUGAGUGCCCUUACUCGACUUGAGGACAAAAUUCGACUCCUUCAGGAUGACCUUGAAUCAGAGAGAGAACUUCGAGCUAGGAAACUAGAAAUUACAAUCAGCGAAUUUAACGUUAAGAUAGAAGAACUGAACCGCACGAUUGUUGAUAUUACUUCGCACAAAACCCGCCUGUCCCAAGAAAACAUCGAACUCACGAAGGAAGUGCAAGACAUUAAAAUAAACCUUGAGAACGCCAAUUACCUAAAGAGUCAAUUGGCAACUCAAUUAGAAGAUGCACGUCGUAGAGCUGAAGAUGAUGAACGUAAGCGAUCUUUAUUGGAAGCUCAAUUACAUCAAGUAGAAACUGAAUUGGAGUCGGUGCGUAUACAACUUGAAGAAGAAAGUGAAGCCCGUUUGGAUUUGGAAAGACAACUUGUUAAGGCACAAGGCGAUGCUCAAAUUUGGAAAUCAAAGUAUGAAACUGAAGCUCAAGCUCGAGCUGAAGAGGUUGAAGAACUUAGAAGAAAAUACAAUGCUAGAAUCCAAGAACAAGAAGAACACAUCGAAGCUCUUUUGGUUAAAGUCAAUAACUUGGAAAAACAAAAAUCACGUUUGCAGUCGGAGGUUGAAGUACUAAUAAUCGACCUUGAGAAAGCUAACAAUACUGCAAGGGAGUUACAAAAGAGGGUGGAAUACUUGGAAAGAACCAAUAUUGAGUUAAAGACUAGAUUGGACGAAACGAUUCAAUUAUAUGAUCAGGCACAAAGAGAUCUUCGUGUUAAGCAAACCGAAAUUCAAAAGCUCAACCAUGAACUGGAUAAAACUAGAGAACAGAACAGUCUUCUUACUAGAGAAAACAAGAAAUUAGCUGAUGAUCUCCACGAUGCCAAGAACACUAUCACCGAAUUGACCAGAAGACUUCACGAGUUAGAAAUUGAGCUUAGGAGACUUGAAAACGAACGUGAAGAACUUACAGCAGCAUACAAAGAAGCAGAAGCUGGCCGUAAAGCUGAAGAACAAAGAUCUCAACGUUUAACUUCAGAGUUGGCACAAUUUAGACAUGAAGCUGAAAAACGUUUACAAGAAAAGGAUGAGGAAAUUGAAGCAAUUCGUCUUGGUGUAUAUCUUAGAGCCGAAAAGGAGAAGGCUAAAUUUCAAGCCGAGGUAUAUGAACUCCUUGCUCAAGUUGAAUCAGUCAAUAAAGAAAAGUUUUUGGCGGAAAAAACCAUUCAGAAACUAGAAAUUACAAUCAGCGAAUUUAACGUUAAGAUAGAAGAACUGAACCGCACGAUUGUUGAUAUUACUUCGCACAAAACCCGCCUGUCCCAAGAAAACAUCGAACUCACGAAGGAAGUGCAAGACAUUAAAAUAAACCUUGAGAACGCCAAUUACCUAAAGAGUCAAUUGGCAACUCAAUUAGAAGAUGCACGUCGUAGAGCUGAAGAUGAUGAACGUAAGCGAUCUUUAUUGGAAGCUCAAUUACAUCAAGUAGAAACUGAAUUGGAGUCGGUGCGUAUACAACUUGAAGAAGAAAGUGAAGCCCGUUUGGAUUUGGAAAGACAACUUGUUAAGGCACAAGGCGAUGCUCAAAUUUGGAAAUCAAAGUAUGAAACUGAAGCUCAAGCUCGAGCUGAAGAGGUUGAAGAACUUAGAAGAAAAUACAAUGCUAGAAUCCAAGAACAAGAAGAACACAUCGAAGCUCUUUUGGUUAAAGUCAAUAACUUGGAAAAACAAAAAUCACGUUUGCAGUCGGAGGUUGAAGUACUAAUAAUCGACCUUGAGAAAGCUAACAAUACUGCAAGGGAGUUACAAAAGAGGGUGGAAUACUUGGAAAGAACCAAUAUUGAGUUAAAGACUAGAUUGGACGAAACGAUUCAAUUAUAUGAUCAGGCACAAAGAGAUCUUCGUGUUAAGCAAACCGAAAUUCAAAAGCUCAACCAUGAACUGGAUAAAACUAGAGAACAGAACAGUCUUCUUACUAGAGAAAACAAGAAAUUAGCUGAUGAUCUCCACGAUGCCAAGAACACUAUCACCGAAUUGACCAGAAGACUUCACGAGUUAGAAAUUGAGCUUAGGAGACUUGAAAACGAACGUGAAGAACUUACAGCAGCAUACAAAGAAGCAGAAGCUGGCCGUAAAGCUGAAGAACAAAGAUCUCAACGUUUAACUUCAGAGUUGGCACAAUUUAGACAUGAAGCUGAAAAACGUUUACAAGAAAAGGAUGAGGAAAUUGAAGCAAUUCGCAAGCAAACCAGCUUGGAAAUUGAACAGCUGAAUGCUCGUGUAGUUGAAGCUGAAACAAGAUUAAAAACUGAAGUUCAGCGUAUCAAGAAGAAGUUGCAGAUUCAGAUAACGGAAUUGGAAAUGUCCUUAGACGUGGCUAAUAAGACAAAUAUCGAUCUUCAGAAAACGAUUAAGAGACAGUCUCUUCAACUAACCGAGAUUCAAGCACAUUAUGACGAAGUUCAACGUCAACUAAACGUCACAUUGGAUCAACUUAGCGUUUCUCAAAGAAAAAUUCAAGCAUUGACUGCUGAAGCUGAGGAGAUUAGGGGUAAUUAUGAGGCUGCCCUUCGUGGAAAGAAAGCUGUUGAACUGCAAUAUGAAGAAGCCGUUUCACGUGUAAAUGAGCUGCAAACAAUUAAUGUAAGCCUAGCUUCAUCAAAGAGCAAAUUGGAACAAGAGUUGGCCCAAGUUGCUGCUGAUUAUGACGAAAUCACUAAAGAACUUAGAAUAUCCGAUGAACGUUAUCAAAGAGUACAGAAUGAACUUAAACACACAGUGGAAAUUCUUCAUGAGGAGCAGGAACGCGUUGUCAAAAUUGAAGCAAUCAAAAAGUCCCUCGAAAUUGAAGUCAAGAAUCUAUCUGUUCGUUUGGAAGAAGUUGAAGCCAAUGCUAUUGUUGGUGGUAAGCGUGUUAUUAGUAAGUUAGAAGCUCGUAUUCGGGAUAUGGAACUCGAAUUGGACGAGGAAAAGAGACGCCAUGCGGAAACAAUUAAAAUCUUACGCAAGAAGGAACGCACUGUAAAAGAAGUGAUGAUCCAAUGCGAAGAAGAUCAAAAGAAUAUCCAAAUAUUGCAAGAAACAUUAGAAAAGGCAUCCCAGAAGGUCAACUUGUAUAAACGUCAGCUUGCCGAACAGGAGGGUAUGUCGCAACAAAGUGUAACUCGCGUACGUCGUUUCCAAAGGGAAUUGGAAGCAGCUGAAGAUCGCGCCGAUACAGCAGAGAGCAGUUUAUCUUUGAUCCGCGCCAAACAUCGCACCUUUGUAACAACAAGCGGUGUUCCCGGCUCACAAGUAUACCUUGUACAAGAAACUAGAACUUCCGAAAUAUAAUUUAUAGAUUUUUAGUUGAAAUGAAAAAAUAAAAAUACAGUAAACGCUCGCGAUUAACUGCCACCUGUUACUUAAAAAAAAAGAAAACAUUAAAUUAUUGCUAUCACUUCUGUUUUCAAUGCUGGUGCUAUUAUUACUACUUAUACUUUUUUCGCUGUCUCUUUCAGGUUAUAAAUGUGUAAUAUUUAUUCUUAGACAAACAUUUUAAUGUUUAUUUCGGUUGAUUUAAAAUUAUCGAUUAUUCAGGUAUAGUUUGUUUUUAACCGUGUCUCAAUAUAAAACCAAUAAAUUGUAUAUCGAUGA